AUGGCUAAGGAUCAUGAGUUAGCAACGCCAAUGAUAGCGGCUGUGAUGGGGGGCCAUCACAAUAUUGUCGAGAUUUUGCUCCCGCGCCUGUCAUACGACGACCUACAUGCCGAGUUUAUCAUCGCCUCGAAGAAGAGGCUGGAGCGUGUCCUGGGCUUGAUUCUCAAGGCUACCACCGACGAAAACCAGAAAGCACUCGAAGAAUUUGUCAAUGCCAAAGGGGAAGAUUCCAACACGCCACUACAUUAUGCGGCCGAAAGCGGUCAUGCUCGAGUGGUGCAGUUCUUGUUGCUGCGGCGGGCAAACCUCGAAGCGGUCAACAGUUCGACGAUGAUACCACUUGCCAAAGCAGCACUUUCUUCAUCCCUGGAUUCAAUAAAGCUGCUUUUGGAUGCAGGAGCGUCGCUAGAAACACCGAUCGGAUAG